AUGAAGAGCUACAGACUGGUGUAUAACCCUGAACCGAACGAGAAGAGGUUUUUGUUUACGAAUGUGACUAUUAGCGAGCUGACAGUACCUGUGAUGAUAUCGAGGGAAAAGCCUGUGAAGGAGGAGAUUGUGUUCAACACUAAGAAGAAGAGUGAGCAGGUUGAGUAUGAAGACGAUGGAUACAGAAAGCUGAAGGAGAAGGAAGGAUGCUUGCUUGUUGUAGAGGACAGUGAUAAUAGAGUGUAUUCAGGAAAGAUGCAGGACCUGGGGGCUAGUGGGUCGUGUUACUUUGUGUUUAUCAAUAUGGGGACGUAUCUUAAGGUGGUUCCUGUUAGGAAGUGGUACAGGUUCAGCCAGAGGACGCAGCAGGAUAUUAUACAGGAAGGGGAGGGAGAGGUAAAUGAAGGGGAGAUGAUGAGAAUUGAACGGGACAUAAGUUCAGAGGAUGAGCGGGAGGACAUUGAUUUUGAGGAUGAUUUUGAUGAUGAUGAUGGAGAAGAGGCAAAUGUGUUUGUUGUGAAGGAGAAGCGAUUGAAUAGUGCAGGGCACAAGAUGAGGAAUAUUAUGGAGAAUUAUGAGGAGAAGGAAAGUGAGUCUGAGUCUGCAGAUGAGGAAGAAAAGGGCAGUAACCAACAGACAAAGGCUCUUACAAAGGCAGAGUUGUAUGAGAUGCUGCGUGGGAAGAGAGUUGCACUUCGUGACCUUCUGAAGGGGAUUAAAGUACAGUAUGGGCUUGAAGAGGGCGAGAAGGAGCUUUUGAAGGAGUUUAUUGGAGAAAGCUGUGGACUUGAGGUUGAUGAGACGAAUGGAGAGAAGUAUGUGUUUUUGAAGAAAUGA